UUAGAGCCGGAAUGGCGAGUGUGCUGCGAAUUAGCGGAUUGGUUAAGGCGGGCCAACAAAUUUCGUACAGAGGGAGUUUUCGGUAAAAAAAAGUGAAUUCACAGGACGCUGAAAAAGAAAGUAAAUGUGUCGCCAGUGAUCCCGCAGCAAAACACCGUGAAGUGAACACAUCGAGGCGCGAAGACACUGACGGUCAAUCGGAGAAGUACAGCGGACCAAGAGAGCCGGCGUCCCAAAGGCAAGGACUGGCAGUGCUUUCAGGUGGUGGUGUAGUAGGAAGUGAUCGGCUGGUGUGGUGCAGGAGCGCACGGGGAGAAGACGGGGCCUGCGCGACACCGAGCUGUCCUGGCGACGCGCCGAGAUUUCAGGGAGCCCAGAAUGAGCCGACCGCAUGGCACAGUGGGAAUGUGUGGUGCACCUGGACACAGUCUACCUGCAGAAAGUGGAUGAGCUCUACUCCAGCGAGGCCUUCCCCAUGGACGUCCGGUACUACCUGUCCCACUGGAUCGAAAGCCAAGACUGGGAGAAGGCCACCCAGGAUAUGUCCCUUGCCAGCGUCCUCUUCCACAUUCUGCUCGAGAACCUGGACAAUCAGUACAGCUUCUUCAGUCAGACGGAGGGCGGCUUCCUGCAGCAGUGCAACAUCCGCAGGUUCAAGCAGAAUUUCCAGGCCGUGUACCAGGAAGAGCCCUGCUCAUUGGCGCGGGUCAUCUGCAUGCUUCUCGCUCAGGAGAAGGAGAUCAUCAAAGAGGCCCAGCUAGCUGAAAAGGUGCAGAUGCUGCAGAUGCAGCCGAGUCAGAUGGAGCUGGACAACCAGAGGAACGUGGAGCGCAAGUUUGUGGACCUAAGGAGCCGCGUGCAGGAGAUGGACCAGUCUGUGAAACUGCUGGAGGAGCAGCAGGACGAGUUUGAUUUUAGGUACAAGAUUCACUCGCAAGAAGGAGACCAGGGGAACAAUGGGAUGAAGUACCUGCAGGAGCUUCUGAACAAGCUGGAUGCUUCACGGAAGCAUUGCCUAGCGCGGAUGCGGGUGCUGCUGUCCGAAGGCGAGGCCCUGCUGAACUUCCUGGUCAAUGAGGAGCUGAGGGACUGGAGGCGCCGGCAGCAGAAGGCCUGCAUCGGGGCCCCGGAGGACGUAUCUUUGGACAUGCUGGAAAACUGGUUCACCGUGGAGGCCGAGUGUCUCUUCCACCUGCGCCGAUUCCUGAAGAAGCUGGAGGAGCUGUGCGGGAAGGUGACGUACGAAAGGGACCCCUUCAAGGUGGAGCAGCCUGACCUACAGAAGCAAGCGGACCACCUGCUGACCACACUGCUCAAGAGUGCCUUCGUUGUGGAGAAGCAACCCAUCAUGCCUCAAGGCAAAGGUCCCCUAGUACUGCGGACCAGCGUCCAGUUCUCAGUGAAGACCAGACUCCUGGUGAAGUUUCCUGAGCUCAACCACAUCAUGAAGGUGACAGCGGUGAUUGAUAGAGACGUUGUCAAGGAGAAGGGGUACCGCAGAUUUAACAUCCUGGGCACAAGCAGCAAGGCGCUAACCAUGAGCGAGACCAGCAGCAGUGGCAUGGUAGCCGAAUUCCGGCACUUGACCCUGAAAGAACAGAAGGCGGGUGGUGGGGGUAAAGGAUGUGGUGAGGGCACACUAAGUGUCACAGAGGAGCUGCACAUCCUCAGCUUUGAGACACACUUCAAUCUCCAUGGCCUCUCGGUGGAUAUCCAGGCCUCCUCGUUGCCCGUGGUGAUCAUUUCAAACUCCAGCCAGCAGCAAAGUGCCUGGGCCUCCAUCCUCUGGUUCAACACAUUGUGCUCGGACCCCAAGAACUUGUCCUUCUUCUCGAGCCCUAUGAUGGCCACGUGGACUCAGUUCUCAGACAUGCUGAGCUGGCAGUUCCAGGGCAACACCAAUCGUGGGCUCAAUGAGGACCAGAAGCUAAUGAUUGCCCACAAACUCUUUGGUCGCCAGCCAAGCUACGACAAUUGCCUCAUUCCCUGGGCUCGGUUUUCCAAGGAGAAUCUGCCCGACGUCAAUUUCUCUUUCUGGGCCUGGAUUGAUGGCAUCCUGACCCUGGUCAAGUCGUACCUGGAGGACUUGUGGAAUGAUGGGUAUAUCAUGGGCUUUGUGAGUAAGAAGAGAGAGAAGACGCUGCUCAAGGGCAGGCUGGCUGGCACCUUCCUGCUGAGGUUCAGUGAAAGCUGCAGAGAUGGCGCCAUCACCUUCUCCUGGGUGGAGCAUCUCGACAACGGGAAGGCCAACGUGCGCUCGGUGAAGCCGUUCACCAAGCAGGAGCUCAGCCAGAUCCCCUUCUCCGAGGUCAUUCACCACUUCCAGAUCCUGGUGGCCGAGAACGUGCCAGAGAACCCGCUCCACUACUUGUACCCCGACAUCCCCAAGGAUGACGCCUUUGGCAAGUACUACGCCCAGAGCAACCAAGGCGAAGAGUCUCGCAUGAAGGCCUACCUGGGCACCAAGCUCAUCGUUGUGUGCCCAGAGAACACCACUGAUGUGCAGACGCCUGCACCAGCGGACACUGAGCACCCGAAGGAAGGGGUGCAGAUGAGCGCCAGCUUCUCUGCCCAAAAGCCAGCUUCUGAAGGUGAGGAUCUGCCCGGGUGGCAUGGGCACACACACUCCUUCGGGGUGUCUGACCAGUCUGCCAGUUUCCCUCCAGCUGACUUUUCUUUUGCCAUCGACGAUUUUGGGUUGAUGCCCGCUGAGCUCCUGCUGACAGACACCCCAGGGAAUAGCAUCCAGCCCAGCGACGUGCUGCUCAAUGACCCAUUGAUGCCCGCCCCCAGUGACUUUCCCACCCUGGAAGCAGGUUUGCCGCACAAUGAGCCGACGCUGCUAUUUCACGACUUUUCCGAGGAUGGCACGUGGCCACUGGUUUCCGAGGCACAUGGGCAGCAGGCCGGCUACAGUGUGCCACCCAUCUUGCUGCAGUAGCCUUCCCAGCACGCACUGUGCCAGUUUAAGGAAUUUUUGAGCUGAGGGAGCAACCAAGUAAGCAAGUUAACACUGAGAUUGCACUACCCGACUGGACCACAGAAGCGCUCCACAUGGUGACUGCUGGGCCAGUUGAAAUCCUGCAGGUGGCACCUUGGCAUGCACUUUUUUCUAGCAUUUUUCUCUUUUCUGCCCUCUCCAUCUCUUGUCUGUUCCUAAUAAAUUCUUUCCUGUA